AUGUCCCUGAAUCAUCUGACCGACUUUGAGAACGAUGUCAAGCUGCUCUGCGAGAAAGAGGGCCAGUCGCCUGGAACAUACGAUACGAAAGUUGUUGCCCGAGCCCGGCGUGUUCACCAAUCUCUUCUGACCACUCCAUUCUCCGCUCUGGCCAGCCUGUACGGCAUUUUUCAGGUUCUGUUGUCACCUCCCGCCAACGAUGUGGGCAAGACGCUGCGGUUCCCUCGACUCAUCUUCUCUAACGGGCCGGCUACUGGAUUCUUUGUUGGCUUGGCUGUGCACAUCUUGAAGGUCCUCUACAUCAUCCCUCAGGACAAAUGUCUCUUUGUGUACAUUGAAUCAUGGGCACGCAUCACCUCACUCAGCUUAACCGGCAAGCUAUUUCACUACACUGGGAUCGCGGAUGCUUUCGCAGUCCAGCAUGAGGAGGUCGCAAAGCGCUACGGCGUGAGCAAUGCGGGCCCUCUUGUGUUCAACUACAAGCGUCGUCCCUCGGGAUCGGCGAUUGGGGCGUCUUCAUGA